AUGACUACCAGCAACAGCAACGGCAGCAGCAGCAGCGGCAGCAGCAGCAGCAGCAGCAGUGGCAACAGCGACAGUAGGCGCAUUUGCUGCUGCGGCAUCAGCCGGUGCUCCCUGUGCCGUCUGCCUGCUGGGGUCCUUUUGCUGCUGCUGGAUCUGCUGCCUGCAGCAGACCUCUCUGCACUCUGCUGCUGCUGCUGCGCUGCUGCUGCUGCCUUCUUACCUUUGGUCGCCCUCCAACGGCUGCAACGGGACUUCGGGGCUGCACGGCUACCCUUGCAGCUCCCACCUGCGUCAGCAGCAGCAGGAGCUGCAGCUACCUCAGCAGCAGCAGCAGCAACAGCAGCAGCAGCAGCAGCAGCAACAGCAGCAACGGCAACAGCAGCAGCAAGGGCAACAGCAGAAGCAGCAACAGCAGCAUCACCACAGCUAAAUGCUGCUUCAGAAGAAGUUCCCAUUGGUGGAGCCCCACAUGGGGCUGCACUGCAACAGGGCACGCCUGCCUUCCAUAACGUGCAAGAAGGUAAAAGCAACAGAAGCAGCAGCAGCAGAAGCAGCAGCAGCAGCAGCAGCAAAUACGAUAGAAGUACGUUCCGAUGCAGCUGCUGUCUCCCCGAAGCAGCCAUAGGAGGGAAUGCCACAGCUGAGGUGUACAGACAGCUCUGCAUUAACCGCGAGGAGAACCUUCGGCGCCUCGAAGCUCUUCAGUACGGGCAGCACAUGAGCAGCAGCUGCAGCAGCAGCAGCGGUAGCAGUAGCAGCAGGAGUAGUAGUGCCAGCAGCAGGCUUCAUGCAGCAGCAAUAAGACCCGCCGCCGUUCGAGAUUGCGUCGCUGCUGCAACAGCAGGAGAGGCCCCCGCCUCUCGGGUGGUCCUCAACACAUGCGCUGCAACAGCAGCAGCAGCGCCAGCAGCAGCAGCAGCACCAGCAACAGCAGCAGCAACUGGAACAGGUCCUUAUGGCGCAUGCAUUCUGCUGGAGUCUGACCAACUCGUUGCUCCGUGCAUGGCCCCUUUUGUUUUCUCGCGCUGCAGCAGAACCCCUCCUGCUGCAGCAGCAACAGCAGCAGCAGCAACAACAGCCCCAGCGCCAGCAGCAGCAGCAGCAACAGCAGCCGGAGCAGCAGCCGGCGCUCCGAUUAAAGAGUUGCUGGAGUGGCAUGUAUUCGGGUGUCUCUUCUUCCCUGCUGCAGAUGAAGGGACUUCAGCUCUCCUCGUUGCUGUUGAUGCUGGGCGGCGGCCCACUGCAACAAUGCAUGCGCUGCAGCAGCAGCAGCAGCAGCAGCAGCUGCAACAGCAGCAGCAGCAGCAGGAAGUGAUGCUGCAGCUCUUCCAUUUGUCUAGUCUCCGUGCGCAAAAACUUGCAGCAGAGAUACCGCUAGGGGACCUUGCACGCAUUACUUGCUGCUGCUACAUACCAAGGACUGUCCUGCAGCAGCAGCAGCAGCAGCAGCAGCAGCAGGGCGAGCAGCAGCCGUCUAUGGCCCCUAUUCAAGAAACGCUUGUUGCUGCAUGGGAUGCCACCGCGAAACGCUUGAUUAUAGUGCAGCUGAUGCCUUCAUAUGAACAGCGGCCUCAACAGCAGCAACAGCAGCAACAGCAGCAGCAGCAGCAGCAGCAGCAAGGACAGGGCUUCAGGUCAGAAGCACUUGAUGGCCCUGCUGCCUGGCCAUUCGUUCGCCGCAGCCCAGAAGAUCAGGUUCUUGAUGCUUCCGCAGCAGCAGCAACAGCAGAAGCAGAAACAGCAGCAGCAGCAGCAGAAGCAGCAGCAGCUGCUUCUGGCCUUCCUUUAAGCAGCAAGUGGCUGUACAUCCCGCUGCUACCUUCGCGCCCCAACGGAGCCCCUCACCCAAUUUGCAUGCAGUGGGUGCUGCCUCGCUGUGUUGCAGCAGCACGUGAUAAGCAGCAGCAGCAGCAGGAUCAGCAGCAACAGCAGCAGCAGCAGGGUUGUAUAUGGACACGAAGGCUCCCCCCGCUGCUUGUUGGGUUCUCGGAUUGCUCUGUCUCGCUGCUGCUGCUCCCGGAAGCAGCUGAAAUGAAGCUUCUCGGCCCCACAAGGAAGGGAGCUCCACGUCUUUCGGAGGUCGUUGACGGUCGGGGCCUCUGCAGCUGGGAUGACUUGCUGCUGCUGCUGGAUUUUGAAUGCCACUGCAGCAACUGCAACAACAGCAGCAACAGCAGCAGCAACAGCAGCAGCACCAACAGCAGCAACAACAACAGCAGCAGCAGCAGUAGUAGUAGCUGUCUUCGCGUAUUUUUAUUAACGUGCUGUGAAAUCGCUGAGGUGGCAGCAGCAGCAACUGCAGCAGCAAGAGGGACUGCAGCACCGGAGGUUGCUGCAGCAGCAGCAGCAACAACAACAGAUACGGCGGAAGCAUCAGCAGCAGCUAUUACAGUUGCAGCUGAUGAUGCCACCGAUCAACUUUCACUUGAACUGCAGCAGCUAAACUUCAAUGGACAGACCGCCACCGUCACCCUGAGGAGCCCUCCUUGUAUUUGCUUCCUCGAUGUGCUUCACCGCACGCAGCAGCAACUGCAGCAACAACAGGAGCAGCAGCAACAGCAGCAGCAACAAAAGCAGGCGCUUGCUGCUUCUGUGUCUUUUCAGAGACUUCGAACUGCUGCAGCAAGGGCUGGGGCUUCCUUUAUAGAGCCUCUGAACGACAGGGGGAUGAACCCAGCAGCAGCAGCAGCAGCUGCUGCUGCUGCAGCAACACCAGGAAAGUUGGCAGCAACUAAUGCCGCAGGCGCAUGUUGGCUGCUGCAGUGGGGUGUAUCGCCACCGGCUAAUGCGGCGCUUGAAUUUGCUGCUCUUUCGCUUUCUUGCUCGCAAAAGAACCGAAGACAUCCAGCAGCAGCAGCAGCAGCAGCAGCAGCAACGGUGGUGACGCUGCAGCCCCGCCCAUCUUGCUGCAGCUUGCUGUCUGUGGGGUGUGUGGCAGUUGAUAAGCAGUGCUGCUUUUUUGCUGCUGAAGGAUCUCCUGUCUUGUGCAUGCAUUCUAUAGAAGGGGAGUCCCUCAGAAGCAGCAGGUUGAGGUGUAUAGACACCCGAGCUGUCAACGCUCCAGGGCUCCUGGGGGCCCCCUCUCGGCUGUCUCCUUCGUGGCUUAUAGGGAGACAGCAGGGAGAGGAAGUGCAGCAGCAGGCGCUGCGGCAGCUUCACCUUGUGGGGCCCUUCCUUGUCGUUGCAAGGAGACACGAGAGACUACAGCUGCUGCUGCUGCCGCUGCACUGCCAGCAGCAAUCCAGCAGCGUUAGCCAGAUGCAGCAGCACCAGCAGCAGGAGCAGGCAGAGGCGUCUACUGCUACUGCUGCUACUGCUGCUGCUGCUGCUGUGGGGCAUAAUUGA